AGUGUCAAUGUCAACUAUGCCAAGCAAGCAUAUGUCACGUUUGUUUUUGAAGACUGAACGGUAUUGCUAAUGUUUACAAGCUGCUAUCGUUUAUUUAUAUUUAUAUUAAAAGUUCACUUUAGAUAUGAAUUUUAUUUCUCAAUAAAUAAUGGAAGGGGCCUACCAAGACAAAUAUUCGUUUGUCGGCGAAUGGUACGACAGCCAAGCCAGCGUAACACGACGAUAUAAUGUAUUUUAUUAUCCGUACGACGAUACCGUAGAAAUGUUUGAUUUGAAAACUCGUAAAACCUUUGUUCGAAGGGUGAAAGUAAAUGGUAUUAGUUUGGAUAAGUUUUGUAUUGGUGGUACUCUCUUAAUUUUAGGACGCCUUAUUAAAAUAGUAGAUUUCGCUUGCGAAGAUACCAGAAAAAAAUUACAAAAAGAUAUGGAAGUGACAUUUGCUAUGAUCAAACCUAUACCAACUAAUAUUGUUGGAAAAAUUGUCACGCAAUUGAAUGGUCAUGGACUACGCAUUUCUAAAAUGAAAAAAGCUCGCCUAACCGCCAAUGACAUAAGUUUUAUCUAUAGACAUAUGCUUAUGGAUCCUACAUAUGCAUUUACACUGGAUUAUUUGGAAGGGCAACUAGUGAUAGGUUUAGAGUUAGUGGGGAACAAUGCAGUGGCAGCAUGUCAGGAAUGCCUGGGCGACGAGGACCCCCUGAAGGCUGCUCCUGGUACUGUCAGAGCCCUGUAUGGAUCUGAUGCUGUGAGAAACUGUGUGUAUGCAUCAGCAACUCCAGAACAUGCUUCAGAGGACACAGGAUAUUUCUUCAGCGGGCGCCUGCGGCUCACGGCCACGCUGUCCAACUGCACGCUGUGCGUGGUGAAGCCGCACGCCGUGCGCGAGGGCAAGCUCGGCGCCGCGAUCGAGAUCAUCGCCGACGCCGGCUUCGAGGUGUCCGCUAUCAACAUGCUCAUCGUUGAGAUGGUUAACGCUGCUGAGUUCUAUGAGGUCUACAAGGGCAUCGUGCCUGAGUAUAAGGGCAUGAUGGAGGAGUUGUCGAGCGGGGCGUGUGUGGCGAUGGAGCUGCAAGCGAAGGACAAGUCCGUCAACACAGCUGUGGAGUUUCGGAAAUUGGUCGGCCCUUCCGAUCCGGAAAUCGCUCGGUUGCUUCGGCCGCACACCCUCCGCGCCAAGCUCGGCGUGACCAAGGUGCAGAACGCCGUGCACUGCAGCGACCUGCCCGAGGACGGCCUGCUCGAGGUGGAGUACUUCUUCAAGAUCCUGGACUUCUGAACAAAGACUGCCUUCACAGAUUACUACACUAAUAUAUAUGUAAAGUAAUAUUUAAAACGUGUACAGCUUAAAGAUAGAUGGCGCUGCAAUCGUUGAAAAAACAUGCCUUUGGAUAUGGCAUAUCCAUGGAAACAUAAAUCAUUAGACUACAGAUUUAUGGAACUAUUUCCUUCCAAACCCAUUGCAAUUUCACUAUAACAUUUUGCUGUCAAACUAGUAGACUAAGAGCUUGCCCCGAAAAACAGGAAAUGACAUGCAAUGAAAGCAACAAAACUUGGAGCCUAAAAAAUAACUUGUACUGUAGACUUAUAUUUAUAAUACCGCCGAUUCUAGAGCGUUAGCUAAUAUUGACUGCUGUUUCAACGAUCAUGCAGUCAGCAUUGCAAUCGUACGGAAUUAACCUGCAGACGGAUUUGGCAAAGGCACUAAAGUCUAAAAGUAGAUUAAAAUAGAGAAUCGCAAUUCUUUGUAAAUUACAGAAAAAUUCAGAACAUCGGGUAAUUCCAAAAAUGGACAGGACUGGAAUGGAAUUAUAGGUGAUUUUUGAAAAUAGGCGACAUUUGGAAGUAUUCGGAAUUACCCGAAUAUAUCAGAAAUCUUAAAAGUGUAGCGCCAUAUCACCGACUUUGCAUGUCUAUUAGUUUAGUCAUCUGUGCAACCUCAUACAAUACGCUUAUUACAGUUUACUUAAACUUUUACAAUGGCACCGAGUGAGUGAGCUGCAAUGUUUUCGUGAGUUUCUAAUGUUUAAUAACGAGAUUUUAAUUGAUUUGAGUGUCGGUAUUGUAGAUACUGGUUUUUAUUUGUGCACUGAAUGAACUGUUGAAAUAUAUAUGGAAUUUGCCAAUA